GUGUAAUUACAUUUAUAAUUCGUAUUACAUAUUAUGAGUGUUGAAUAGAAAUUAAUUUAAUAUAUUAUUAGGUUUUCAUGGCUACGCAAAGAGAACACCCUCACCCCGGGCCCAUAAAAAGUCACUAAAACGUUCUGUAUUGGUGAUGAGACCCGGAGAACAUCAUGUUGAUCAUUUGUGGAAAACUGAAGAGUUGAGAGACCUGAAACUGAGAUGCAUUACUUUCCCCAAAUUCACCAACAACGAUGGUGAACGUCAUCCUAGAGUCGUACAACUAUUGAGGGCAUUAUGUGAUCAUACUACAUAUGCAAGACUAUGUGAGCGCAUUAUGCAAGAAAUGUCCCGUGAAGGUUUAUAUGAUAUGAGAACCAUUCAUGGAAAAUUUCUCACAUAUAAUUCUGAGGGAAUAUAUGUUGCCUCCAUGUUGUGGCCUAUCCAUGACGACCAGUCAUGGAUCUAUUUUCUACAAUUUGCUCGCAAUCAAUACGAACGAUUGGAGAUAUACAUCAAUGCCGAAAAGAAGCAAAUGGUUGAUUCAUCUCAACAACGCACUUCUAGGCGUCCUCCCAACCAAGGCACUUCCCGAUCAAUUAUUGACAUCAAUGUCUCCCAUGAUGCUUCAGAUAGUGACGAUGAUCCUUAUUAUAACGCUCUUUCCUUUUCUGAACACGAGAGCAGUUCCGAAGACAGUGAUGAUAACCCAAAUGAGAACGAGGACGAGGACGAGGAUGAGGAGGAGUUCGUUGAACCCACAUAUUGUGACGAACGACCCAUAUAUGUGAGUAGAGUAUAUGAUACAUUCCAAGAGUUGAAGGAAGAUGUGUCCCUUCAAAACCUCAAAGAAUUUCGAACAUUUAUUAUGGCAUUUAUUAAUCCGGG